AUGUAUGCCAUGCAAUGCUUCAAUAUUCCUGUUUGCAUUUUGAAUGAGAUUGAAAGACUUUGCCGGAAUUUCUUUUGGGGGCAAAGGAAGGAGGAGAAAAAAUUGGCUUGGGUGGCUUGGGAUAGAAUGUAUGCUGCGAAGAAGGAUGGUGGAUUGGGAAUGAGGGACAUGAAGGCUUUUAAUAAAGCUUUACUCGCUAAGCAAGCUUGGAGGAUCCUAAACAACACUUCCUCACUGAUGGUUAAAACUCUGAAAAAUAAGUACUUCCCUAACUCUGAAUUUAUGGAUGCUAAGGUUGGGUUCUAA